GGUCCACCAGCACCUGCAUUGCAUCCUUCAGCAUUUGAAUGUGUGAGCUGUCUCAACUGAUCAAGUAUAAUCGUCGUGGCAAACAUGCAUGGAGAUAAACCACACAUCCCACCUCCUACCCACCUGCCUUGCCAGUUUCGAGAUCAAGACCAGCGGGUAACAGCAAAAACGGCAGAAUUCUUAAGAACCACUAGUAAAAUAAGGGCCCCAGCAAUGCCCUUAAUUUUAAACAAAGAGAGUUCGCUCAAGGUGAAAGCACUCUGGCUGGAGACCGUUCCCUAGUGAGCCUAUAAGACGAACUUAUGUUGAAAGGCAAACGAGAGAAAUCAAAGGAGCCAAAAUCAUUAAAGCUGCAUCAACUAAAUUUCUGAUGAAGGUGCUAAGCAGCUGCAGUCCACCCAAAACCUUAAAUGUGAACAAUAUGGACACUUUGAUUACAUGCCAGUCAGAGGUUGACAUCAAAAAAUGCCACUUGAUCAUGCCAUCAGAUGGCGAAGAUGGUCUGCAUCAUCUGACUGAUAGUAAUAAGAAGAGAAAGAAAGUAAUAUCUUGGCCGUUUAUGCUGAGACGAACCACUGCUGGAUCAGAGACUCUGGGACAUCUAGAAUCUGAUCUGAAGCCUUCUCUGUUUGAUCAGCCAUUGUCAAUUGUCUGCAGUGAGGAAGAUGUGCUGCCCAAACCGAUACAGGAUAUCCUUACAAUGCUCUUCCUGGAAGGGCCUUUAACAGAAGGAAUAUUCCGGAAAGCUGCCAAUGAAAAGGCACGUAAGGAGCUGAAAGAAGAGUUAAACUUUGGAGGAAAAGUUGUCUUUGAAAAUAAAUCUGUGCAUCUGUUAGCAGUGGUUUUAAAGGAUUUCCUCCGAAACAUUCCCCAUAAACUGCUGCUGUCUGCGCUUUUUGAUGAGUGGAUGACAGCACUGGAGAAGAUAAGCCAUCAGGAAAGAACCAAAGCAAUGAAAGAGGUCACAGGCAAACUACCAAGACCAAACCUUCUUUUGCUCAAGCAUCUGCUCUGUGUGCUUCACCACAUUAGCAAAAGCUCAGAGAUCAACAAAAUGGAUUCCAGCAACCUUGCAAUCUGCAUUGGGCCAAAUAUGCUGACUCCAGUUCGUGACCAAAGCCUGCCACUUGAAGUCCAGAAAGAGCUGACAGAUAAGGUGAAGACACUGGUGGAAUUUCUCAUUGAUAACUGCUUUGAUAUAUUUGGAGAAGAAAUCUCUUCACUGUUCAGCAUCUCUGCUGAAGAUUCCCUGGACAGGCCAGAAAUGUUGUCUGACAGAUGUCAGCAUGAUUCUGCCUAUGACAGUGCAGAUUUUGACGGAGAAUGCAAUUCCACUGAUCUCCAGGCCAAUGAUGUAGCACAAGUCCACGGGACAGUAAGCAAGCCCAGAAGUACAGAGCUGUACUCUCAACAGCUGGUAGCCCAGAUGUCAUUUGUUUCUUCUCCACUAAACCAAAAAUCCAUAAGCAACCUGGAUAGGAGGUUCUCUGAGCCAGACAUGUUAUCUUCUAAGAGCUGCCAGGAAGGCUGGAUGAGAAGCCAGAAGCUAACCAAGAGUGAGGAGAGCUUCAUUCAACAAGAGGAACUGGGGCUGAAGUGCAAAGGGCUGAGGAAGGAAAUGGCAGGAGAACCUUAUCUUGCAGGCCUCUAUAGGAACAAGAAGCCACCUAACUUAACAAUAAAAGCUGGCUUGCCAGCAGAAUUGUCAAACAGUUCCUUGCCCAGAACAUCCUCCAGCAGUUCGCUAGACAGCGCCUCCUCAGUCUCUGACGGUUCUGUCUUCACCAGCUCACCACUCACCUCACCUUCUGCAUCUAAGAAAAAUGCCUUAACCCGGCUGCAGUCCUUUUCCAUUAAGGCUGCCGGUGGAAGUGACACCUCCAACAGUGAGCUCAAGAAGCAUUCAGUGUCAUUUUCUGUGGCAACCCGUACGGAGGUGCUAAUGAAAACCCAAAGCUGCAGCAUUGGAGGCUUUCAGAGGGACAGUUUCAAAAAGGACUCCAAGAAAGAGAGACGUCUUUCCUGCCGCAUAGUUCAAGCAAUGUGCAUGAAUGACUAUAGCCUAGUGCCUUUGGGGUGUCAUCUGAGGCCUCGUUUCAUGUCAGCAGAUGAGGUGUUUCGGCUCGUGGAUCAGAAAAAUCCUGGAAACCCUCCAUCCUAUGAAGAGGCUACCAAAAACUGCCUAGCUGCUAGACUGCCUUCAUAUAGUAGCUUAGCAGUUCAAAAUAUGAGACCCGCUGAGCUGUCUCCAGAGUUCGAGCCUCAGCAUCUGAAACGCAAUAGAAAGGUUGCAAACGAAAUGUGCAAGGACCUAUUUAAAGACAGGCUGCCUGUGACCAGUGAUUCUAAGGACAAAACGCCAGCCGUCGAUAUGGUUAUUGGAAUACAUUCCCGAGCUAAUUUGCCUCUAACUCCUCAAGUCUUUCGUCUCAGGACCAUGUCUGGGUCUUAUCAAAAGAACAAACAAGAAUAUCUGAUGCAGCGGUGUAGCCAGCCAGCCUUUGACCACAUACAGUGUGCGAAGGAAUCCUACGUUUGACUUACUGCCCCAUGUCAACACAACGUAGGCAGUAUAGAUGGCACAAAAGCAAGUCUUUCACCACAUGUAACUGCAUAUAAAAUAAGCUCAUCCGCAUCUGCCUUUCCCUAAAAAGAUAGUCUUCCUGGUGUCAUGUGGAAUAUGUGCCAUUCUGCAGAUAUGUAAAUUUUGCACAUAAUGGAUAUAUCUGUGGUUAAUCAUGUUUGUAAAUUUUAAAAGCAUGCUUUAAAGGUGAGGAAGAGGACUGCCAGUUUUAUUCAUCCUGUUCUUAUGCUGUACAUAGUAUGAUCAUUUCUUUUCCCCUUAAAUAUGGACAGGAGUCCAGACUCUUGGGGAAAAUGCUGUGGAGACCUCUAGUCCAUCUUGACCCUAAGCCAAAGCAAACUUGUUUUUUUACAACAUAUCUGGUGGUUCUGCUUUGUCUGGUUUUGCAUUGCUCAAGUGAUCUAGUUUCUACCACUUCCUCUUUAUAUGCCAUUUCCAACGGAAAUAAGCCUCAGUCUUAUGAAACUAUCCCCGCCAAAAUGUCUUUGUUAUAUCUAAAAGUCCAGCUUAGCUACCCUCAUCUGCAAUAUUUUCCCCCCUGCUAGUUCAGUGGAUAUAAAGACUUGCCUUUCUGGAUCAGACUAAAUGUUCAUCAAGUCCAGCAUUCUAUUUCUAAAUGUAGCCAUCUCUUGUCCUUUCUCCUUUUGUCUGAUAAUCAGAGAUACACUGCCUUUGAAUAUCAUUACCAUCACUGUUGCUAUUAACUAAGCACCCCGUAACAACCAGGAACUAUACAGAAAUAUAUUAAAAAAACAAGAAGGCUAACCCAAAAGUUGACAAUUUUAAAUACUCUCUCCUCCCAGUUCCCUUCCCCCUCUUCAAAUACUAGCAAGACUCCACUUUUCUAAACCUAGGAGAUAAUAAUUCAGUCUCCUUUUUACAGAAUCUUGAACUCCCAUAGGCAGUUGGUGAUUAGACACUUCAGCAAUUGACUCAGCUCUUAGAGGCAAUAUUCCCAAUCCACCUCUAUGCAUGUAUAAUAACUAUUGCACCUGGAUGGUGAUGUUCAUUAUCCUCAUCAACUCAGUGGGACCUGGAUGAGCACUAUAAAGUUGAUGCUCACCUGCAUCUGCUUUGAUUCUGAGUCUGAGCCAUGAUCAUAUCUUGGCUUAAUAAGCUGCUAUAUGGACAAGCCUUUCCCCCCACACAUAGAGCCUAUUCAUAAAACUCAUAAUCAAACCAAGAACCAAUUAACCACGUCCACCUCAUCUAAACAGGGUAAUGUUGGUUACCAGCUUUGGAAUAAGCCACGACUUGAAAACCAACUUCAAGCCAUGGUUUAAUAUCCUGUCUUGUCCUGAAAGUGGUAACCAGAGUUUCCUGGUUCAGAUGAAAUGGGAAAUUAUGAGCCUUAAUUGAAGACACCCUUACUUGUUUUUCCACACUGGGAAGGAAGGAAAGGACUGCAUGCACAGACAAAAGGGUUGCUUAUACAGUAUUUCUGCUUAUUAGGCCACAUCUGGAUGAUCAUAUCUCAUCUUAUGGGUACAGAAGCCUGCAUCAUUAUAUCAACAAUACAUAAAAUGGUAACUGUUCUGAAAAGUGUAUAAUUAUGUUGCAGGCAGGCAUAAGGAGACAGGGAUUGUGUGUGAUACUGUGCCUUUGUCAGAGUUUUCUCUGGGGACAAUGGGCUGCAAGAAUCAUUACACCAUGGAAUUGUACAAAAUGGGAAUGUGGGACAUGUUGAGAGUGCUCUUCUGAACAUGUCAAAAAUGUUUAAAGCAUUGUUAUUGCUAUAUCAGCAGCAGUCUUUGAUUUGUGGCUCACAGUAGUCUAGUAGAGUGGGCAUAGCUAUUUGCAAGGAGAGUGGGUUUUUUUAUUCAAAAGUAAUGUCACCAGAAUAAAGCACUUUUCUUGCCUGAAACACC